AUGGCUCUAGCCGCGCUCAAGAUCGGAGGCCACAGACGUUCCAAGUCAUCCAACCCCGUCACACCCGUAUCGACCAUCGAGAAUGGUCACAACUCUGGGGACUCGGUCCCCCCGUCUCCACGCAUCGUCGUGUCGUCGCAGCCCGCCUCGAUCCUGAAGGCAUCCACGCCCUCUGUGUCGUCCGGCUCAACAUCCACCUCGUUCAGCAAGAAGCGCUUGAGUUUAAGCGACAUCCGCAACCUCAGCAUCAACCGCACCGAGACAACCGAUAGCCGUUGGAGCGCCGAUGAGAACUCGAACUCUUCAAGCUCUAGCAACGACAUGUGCCCGUUACCAGAGAGCUCGAUGAAGUCGCCCUUCCCGUUCUUCAGCGUGUCCCUCUCCGGCACUUCCACACUCUCGUUCAUCGCCAUGCCUGUGGUGAUCCGACCGGCCGUGAUUGCCGCCGUACAGCGUGCUUGGAAGCACGGCAUCCGCACGAUGGAUAGCGUCGACUAUGCACCCGAGCUUAUGGAAUUCCACCGCAGCAAGGGAUGCGAAGGGGGAGUGUGGGAGAUUACCCUCAAGGGCGAUGCUUGGAACCCCUCCUCGGGGGACAAGGUGGCCUCGAAGCGCAUCAUUCUCUAUCUCCUCGUCGAACUUGCACGAAACGGAUACGAGCUCACGACGAGCUACCGCAUGAGUGCCAAGGAUUCCGGCAAGGACACACUCGUCUUCAGCACCUGCACGCCCGACCCCGACCCAGUCUUUUUCGCGGUCGCAUUCUACUCGUCUGACCGUAUCUGGAUUAUUGACGCCGAGGCCGACGUCGGCCAGGCACUAGAGGAGGGGAUCAAGGCGACGUGGGUCGAUGGCGUCAAGGCGGCACGUGUGCGCCAGCGCCACUGCCGCGAGAUCAAGCUUGCCGGCUCGCCAUGGGUCGCGCACAGCAAAAGCUCGCUCAUCAGUGCCCGUAUCAUACACUUGACCAUCCUCAAGUACAUCACGCACAAGAGCAUGGGGUACGAGCUUGCGGGUACCGUCAGCAUGUCUGAUCUCGAUUCGGGCGAGCUGCCUGUCAGCUUUUACCGCAAGACGGGCAAGGGCGAGUGGGGUACGCUGGACGCGCUCCCGUCGCCUGUGCCGGUCAGCGAGGCGGCGCGCCGGUCCAUGUCGGUUGGCGUUUAG